UUUUAGUGGAAACCCUCUCCAGAUAGAUCUCGUCCCAGCAGCUAGUACCUUCCUGUCGUACAGGUCAUUCCCCACCGACGGCGGCGGCGCAAAGCUCCUCCCCGUUCUCUAGUUCAGUCCAGGCGGCGGCGGUCGCCCCCUUGCCACAGCCAUCUCUUCCUUUCCCGUCAACGGUGAUUGACUAGCUCUUCCUCGUCUCCAACUCUGGACCAGGGAAGCAGAUAAGAGAAGGCAAUCAGAUUUUAGUUUCUCGUUGAAGGCAGUGAAACUGACCACAACAUUGUUCUUCUAAAUGGAGGAAACUAGCGCCACCUUGCCCUUGGGAGUGGCAUGCACGACAAAUCUUCAUAGCGUACCAGCCCUCUCAGAAUCGGUCCAUGGCCUUGAAUUAAGUGAUGCCAACUCUUUUUCAGAGAUUAAUUCUGCUAUGCCUCCUUUUGAUGAAUUCUCUACGCCUAAGAAGAGACAAUGCUUUUCUCUAGAUGGUUCGUUGUAUAAACCUCUGUGUGAUGAUGCACUCAAACCAACAGUAGGCAUGACAUUUGAUGAUAUUGCUGUUGUGGAGACAUUUUAUAAGAAGUAUGCACAUCAUGUGGGAUUUGGUGUCCGUCUUGGAGCACAAAGGCUUGUGAACAAUGUAAUUCAGUGGAAGCGUUUCUUAUGCUCAAGGGAGGGAUACCGGUCCACGAAAGGUACUUAUGUUGUUAAUUGCUUGAACACAAAUACUUCAAGUAAAAGACGCAAGGUGAAAUUAACUAGGUGUGGAUGUGAUGCUCACAUUUAUGUCAAUCGGGAUGAUAAUGGGAAAUAUAAGAUAGCUUCAAUGGUUGAACACCACAAUCACGAACUAGUGUCUCCUAGCAAGCAACACUUGAUUAGAUCAAACAGGAAAGUAAGUGAGAAGGUGAAGUCAACACUAUUUGAUUGCCACAAAGCUAGCAUCGGCCCAGCCCAAGCAUAUAGGCUACUCCAAGUUGGUGAAGGGGGGUUUCCAGAUGUGGGAUGCAUGAAGAAAGACGUGCAGAAUUACUAUUCUAGGUUCAAAAAUAAAAUCAAGAAUUGUGAUGCUCAAAUGCUAGUGGACCAAUUUGGUAGAUUGAAGGAACUCAACCCUGGUUUUUUCUUUGACUAUGAAGUUGACGAAGUUGGUACAUUGUUGCGUUUGUUUUGGGCAGAUGCAACUAGCAGGAAAAACUACAAGCAUUUCCAUGAUGUGUUGUCCUUUGAUUCCACAUAUAGCACUAAUCAGUAUGACUACAUUUUUGCGCCCUUCACGGGCAUCAACCAUCAUAUGCAAAGUGUCUUCUUAGGGGGUGGGUUCUUACUCAAUGAGACAACUGAGGACUACUUAUGGUUGUUUGACAUAUUCCUUAAAUGCAUGGAUGGGGUUGCGCCUAGUGUUAUUAUAACAGAUGAGUGUGGUAGCAUGAGGAACGCUAUCAAGGCACUUCUACCCCAUACCACGCAUCGGUUGUGCAUGUGGCACAUUAUGAAGAAGGUUCCUGAGAAGGUCUCUCUCGAAUUGAGAAGUGAUGAAUUAUUCUACAAGAGGUUGGACUCGUGUGUGUGGAAUUCUGAAACACCUACAGAAUUCGAAGAAAGUUGGAAGUCUCUAAUAUCAGAUUUUGGCUUGCAAGAAAAUGAGUGGUUUGCAAAAUGUUACCUGAUUCGUGGGUCAUGGGUGCCAGCAUAUUUCAUGGACAUUGCCCUAGCUGGUAUUCUCAGAACCACCUCUAGGUCAGAGAGUGAAAACUCAUUUUUCAAGAAUUUCAUCCGUCGGAAGCUUGCAUUUGUUGAGUUUUGGCUUAGGUUCGACACAGCCUUGAAAUGUCAGAGGCAAGAGGAGUUGAUUGCUGACCACACAAGCGUACAUACAACACCUAGAUUGCAGACAUGUUGGGAAGUGGAAAGACAGGGCAGCAUACUUUUCACUCAUGAGGUCUUUGCCUUGUUUCAAUCAGAGGUACUUGCUGCUAGAGAGCAUUGUGAUGUCCAGGACACUAUGACUGUGGGAGAGCUGAAGAUUGUUUCCAUUAGUGAUCAAAGUCAUCGGAAAAACAAGGUAAGAGACGUGCAUUUAGAGACAACAACCAUGAUUGCUAAAUGUUCUUGCAAGCUCUUUGAGUCCAAGGGCAUUGUGUGCCGCCAUGUCAUACGCGUCUUGAGGGGUGCAAAGAUAAAUGAGCUUCCAACCUUUUAUGUACUCAAAAGAUGGGAGAAAAUGUGCAAAAGGGAUAUUGUAUUUGACAACGAAGGGAAUGCACUAGAAGAUAAUCCGAUUGACUGCAUUGACAUGGAUACUAGAAGAAAGAUCUCGAUGGCACGGAACAAAUUAGAAGAUAUCAUCCGAUGUGCUAAAAAAUCGAGCGUAGCACUUGACUCACUCAAUAUGGGUCUGUGCAAUCUUGAAUCUGUUGUCUUGCAGUCUGCCUCCGUUGUUCCUCAAACUACACAAGAAGAACAAGAAUCAUACGUCGGUAGCACCAUGCCUGUCCAAGUUGAUAUCCUAACACCGACCGCUGUCAAUGCGAGGGGUACAUGCUCACGAAUUAAGGGCCACAGAGACAAUGAAAAGAAGGCAGGGUCAAAUAAGAAGAAAUUAGGGGUUACUCUACGGGUACCGCGCACUUGCAGAACAUGCAAGGAAGUUGUGUUACAUGACAGUCGUAUCUGUCCGAAGAAAAAAUAAAAAUGGUUGUCUAAGUAUGAACGCUACUACUAGAUGUUUGUUCUUGUUAAAUUCUUGAUGCCUGACAUGUCCUAAUUAAUGAGUUGAAAUAUUGGUUCAGUGGACUAAGUAUUUUUUCCAUUGCA